AUGUUCAACCAAGGUUAUCAUAUUUUAGCUGAGCUAACCCUCCUAAAACUGAAAAACAUCUCUGGAGUUAUUGUUAGCCCAUGUGAAAAUGAUCCACUUAAAUGGCUCGGGAUUAUUUCUGUUCGAAGUGGUUACUAUUUUGGAGGAGUUUUCGAUUUCGUCUUAUCUCUGCCAGAUGAUUUUCCAUCAACAAAACUGCCGAAGCUCUAUUUAUGUAAAGAAUUUUAUCAUCCUCAUGUAGACUGGAUUACCGGAGAGGUGAGCGUGCACACGGAAUUCCCGAUAUGGAAUCCAGACAAGCACCAUAUUUGGCAUAUUCUUCAUCAUUUUAAACGGUUGUUGACUAGUCCAACAAGUAUUAUUGUUUCAUCACUUGCAGAACAAACUGCUUGUAUCAAAAACAUGAGAGAUGUGAAGUAUGCUAAUCCAGAAGCAGCUAACGCACUGAUUCACCAUCCGGAAGAAUUUGAUACUCGGGCUAAAGGAUGUGUCACUAAACUCUCUGUAUGGACACAGCCAUCACAGGAUAUCCCUUCAUUAAAUCUUUCUGGAUGGAUGAAUGACAGUAUACUGAGUGAUGCACGAGAUUUACUGCAGAGAUUCAAAGAUUCCAAUGAUGAUGAGGAAAAAUUUGUAAGUCAAGGGUUUUCUUGGAUCGAUCCAAAAAGUAUGUCGAUAUUUUCUAGUGAAACACCUGUUAAACCGAAUUCUUCGACAUAA